AUGAUACCUCGAGCAGCGCAAAUACGGCAGCAGCAGGCUCAGGAGCGGCGUAACAAGCUGGAGGAGAGCGCGGCUCGUGCUGCUCGGGAGGAUGUGUUUGCACGGCACAACGCCAUGUAUGGUGUGCAGCGGCCCAAUUCACGGUUUGCUAAUACCAACCGCUACUCUCGACGGGACCCCAACCGUGGUAUAAUCACUCAAGCCGAGUGGGAUGCUGUCGUAGGCGAGCAUGAAAAUUCUGGCUCUAUGUUUCGCAUUUUUUUCUCCGUAGCGGUAGUGAUUGCCAUUUCGUUGCUUGCGUUAGCGAAGUAUGACGUGGAGUUUAACCUGGAGCCACCUCAGAUUGAGAGUGGCAAAGGGUUCGGUGAGGUCAAUCCGACUCAUGAUGGUGCCGUCACUCCAAGUGAAGCGGAGAGCUAUUACGAAAUAUUGGGUGUGAAGGGGAGAAUCCGUCCGAAAUCUACCGGAGCUGCUGCUGAUGAGGCAGGUGGAGAGGACCUUGACAAGGAACGACGGCGGGAGAACUACCGCAUCCGGCAGGAAAUCCGUAAGGCGUAUAAAGAACAUCAGGAUGCGCGAGGGCAGCUGGUUCACUGUGGUCGUGCGUGCGAAGCCAAUAAUCAACAGGUGGAGCUUGCGUACAAUCGCCUUGCCUCUCAGGUAGACCGUGAACUUUUCAGUGUUUUGCUGGACACGAAGGAUACGAAGGACGCACGCUCAGUCGACCCCACUGAACUGAAGAGAGCAUACGAAACAAAAAAGAAAUUAGUGGAAGAGACGGAGAAGAAUGAGGAAGACCGGUCGAUGGUUCUUGAGGAGCUGAAGGAUGCAUACGACAUUCUUGUGAACCCUGAGGCACGUAAUUACUAUCUUCUCUAUGGGAUAAAGCCUCCAGAGCAUAUGCGGUAUACCAGUGCUCGCAGUGGUGGAUGGGGACAGGAGAUGACGCUUGGAACGUUUAAAUACCGUGUGAUAAUUUCGUGGCUGGACUUCAUGCAGGAAUAUAUUGGACUGUGGGGUGAGACCAUUGUGUUACUUUGCGCAGUAGGCUUCGUCCUUUCGCGCCUUCCAGCUGCACUGCGGCAGUCGGAGAGCAUAAUGGAGGAUCUUGAAUGGGAAGAUGCGAUAGAGGAGGAGAGACGGCGGAACGGUGAAUAG